AUCUCGUGCAGGCGAUGUCCUCCAGCACAAGAGAUGGUCGAAACGUGGUUCCGUCCUGAAGACGUGGCUGCUAUGAUGGUAUGUAUUGCGGCACGUACUUCAGCAGGUAGAAUUCGUGGUGGUAUUUUAUUAGUGGGGAUAAUAGGGUUUGACGCGGGUGUUGAUGAGAUUAAUGUAGAAUCGCUUCGUGAUCGAUUCCAUCUUCUGUCGGGAAGAUCUUCGAGAAAGGCGAAGAUCGGUGUUGGUGGAGACUGUCUUGGCGUUGUAGGUGAAGAGCAUGAAACGAUCUCCAUGGCAAGUCGUGGACGUGUGCUUUUGAUCAAUCCUUGGCCUGUGCAUGACAUUUGUCUUGAUGACAUUCGACGCCGGAGAUGGCCCGCCAAGCUUUCACCGCAAGCAAUCGUUGACCUAUGUGGAUCAGAAAACCAACUAGCGGCUAACUCUGCCAGACGUGAAGCUUUUGCAUGGCCUACUCUUAGCUGGAAAUCCGGGGAGUCGGGAAAGUCGAACUCCUACUAA